AGCUCUGGGAAAAUGUCUGCUUGCAACACCUUCACUGAACACGUCUGGAAACCUGGUGAAUGUAAAAACUGCUUCAAACCCAAAAGCUUGCACCAACUGCCCCCAGCCUCUGAAAAGACUUCCCUCUCGCAUGGUAAUCUGAAAACCAAUGCCAACCACAGCAACAACCACCGUGGUAGAAGUACAGGAAAUUUCCGACCCCCUGUAGCAAAGAAACCCACUAUAGCUGUGAAACCCACCAUGAUGGUGGUAGAUGGGCAGAGUGUCAGUGGUGAGAUCAGCACACCCGAUCAUUGUGAGAACAAGCCAGUAAUUAUAGGGUGGAACCGAAACAAAACUGUCUUAAACAAAAAGCCACUGAACAAUAAUAAUGAAGAUGAAAUUGAAGGUUAUAGCCAUGUUCAUAGGCCUUAUGGCAACAAUGAUAGUGCAGGUAAGAUACCAAAUAACAAUAAUAAUGGACUGACAGAAGUGUUGAAGGAAAUUGCAGGUUUGGAUACCACACCUCAGCUAACAGGAAAUGAAAUGAACUCAAGGGACACGUUUUUGGGAAGAAUAAAUAAUUGCUAUAAAAGAUCAUUAGAAAGACAGAUCCCUCCAAGCUGCAUGAUGGGUGGAAUGAAGGAUUCACAUAGUAAGCAUGUUAUUCUGAGUGGAAGCACUGAAGUAAUAAGUAAUGAAGGUGGGCGUUUCUGUUACCCAGAAUUCUCCAGUGGAGAUGAGAGUGAGGAUGAUAUGUUUUUUGGCAGCAUGCAGGAAGAGCAUGAGAGUUGGGAUGAAAGUGAUGAAGAGCUGCUAGCAAUGGAAAUUCGCAUGCGGGGCCAACCUCGCUUUGCUAACUUUAGAGCUAACACCCUGUCUCCUGUCCGGUUUUGUGUUGACAAAAAAUGGAACACUGUGCCUUUAAGGAACAAGUCUCUACAGAGGAUCUGUGCUGUAGACUAUGAUGAUAGCUAUGAUGAAAUUUUAAAUGGUUAUGGAGAAGAAACUGUGAUGCUUUAUGGGCAAGAAAGCAUGCAGAGUAUGGUAUCAUCUGAUUCCACAUCUCCUGAUUCUUCUUUGACUGAAGAGUCUCGCUCUGGAACAAUCAGUAGCUCAUCUCAAAAACUCUGCAAUGGAGGGUUAUCUCCCAGUACCCCUAAGGAGAUCAAGUUGAUUGAACCAGAUUAUGAGAGUCUUUAUGAUAAGCAGCAAGUGAAAGACAUGCCAAAAACUUCCAGAAACACUGCAAACAUUCUAGAGACUCACAAGGCAGUUCUUGCACUUAGAUUGGAAGAGAAGGAUGGCAAGAUUGCGGUACAAAGUGAUAAUCAAGAAAGCAAAAGUGCUACAGAUGUUACUGGUCAAGCAGUGACUAUAAACUUGGUACCAAUGGAAGAUCAAGCCAAACCUUACAGAGUGGUAAAUAUGGAACAACCAGUGUGCAAGCCUUAUACUAUAGUAGAUGUGUCAGCGGCCAUGACCAAUGAGUGUAUGGAUGGUCAGACUGAAAGCUCAGAAACCAAAAGUACGCCAUCUAACCCAAAUUCACCAGGAACUCCAGGUGCACCGAUUAUAUCUAAUACUGCAUCAUCUGGGCGAGUAAAUGCCAAUCUACAAAAAUCCAGUGCAGUUAGAUACCAAGAAGUAUGGACCUCUAGUACUAGCCCACGACAGAAGAUACCUAAGGUGGAAUUAAUUGCUAAUAGCUCAGGACCUUCAGUCCCUCCAAGGAAAAGCAGCCACAAAUCUGCUCCUACUUCACCUACAGCCACAAAUAUUUCUUCAAAAACCAUCCCAGUGAAGUCACCCAAUUUGUCUGAGAUAAAAUUUAAUAGUUACAACAAUGCUGGCAUGCCACCUUUCCCAAUUAUCAUUCAUGAUGAACCUACAUAUGCUAGGAGUUCAAAGAAUGCUAUCAAAGUUCCUAUUGUAAUCAAUCCAAAUGCGUAUGAUAAUUUAGCCAUCUAUAAAAGUUUUCUAGGCACCAGUGGAGAGCUAUCCAUCAAAGAUAAAACUACAAGUGUAAUAAGCCACACAUAUGAAGAAAUAGAAACAGAAAGCAAAAUCUCUGAAAAUAUACCCAGCAAACCCACUGAAUUUACCCAACCCAAGGGGGUAACUAAUAGCACAGAGUGUAAACUGGGUUCUGUGGCUCAGAAAGUUCAAGAGUACAAUAGCUGUCUCAGCAAAGGUCAGACGUCACCACAAAGAAGUCAUAGUUUUGACCAUAGCUCCCCAACAAGAGUUCAGAAGACAAGUCAAGAGCCUGCAGCCAAAAUGGAAGGAGCACAGGAGACUUCUGGUGGCAGCAGCAAUAGGGAAAAUGCAAACACAGUGCUUUCUCAGAUUGUGGCUUCUAUCCAGCCCCCACAGUCUCCUCCAGAAACACCUCACUCAGGACCCAAAUCUUGCAGUGUGGAAGAAUUAUAUUCCCUACCACCUGAUGCAGAUACCACUAAAAGCAGCCUGGUACGACCCAAAUCUCUCUUUACUGCACAACCUAUCAAUGAUACUGAAGUAUCCAGUGCUACAGAAAGCACUACCACUAAAAUGCAGAAGGAUACACUUCCAAAGCCACUUACCACCCAUUCGUCGAAGCCAGUAACAGGCACCCAUAAUACCACAAGUCCCAAAAUAGAGCAAGCACCUCCAUUUCCCCCUCCACGUUCCACUUCUUCACCCUAUCAUGCAAGUAAUCUGUUGCAAAGACAUUUCAGCAACUGGAGCAAACCAACCAGUCCCAUUAGAUCAACAGAGGCAGAGUCAAUACUGCAUUCAGAAGGUAGACGAGCUGCUGAUGCAAAACCCAAGCGCUGGAUAUCAUUUAAGAGCUUCUUCCGCCGCAGAAAGACUGAUGAUGAGGAAGACAAAGAGAAGGAAAGAGAAAAAGGGAAACUAGUGGGUCUUGAUGGAACUGUUAUACAUAUGCUGCCCCCUCCUCCAGUUCAACGCCACCAUUGGUUCAGUGAAUCAAAAACAGACUCCAGUGAGAAGCCAUCCAUUGUUUUCAUGUAUAGAUGUGAACCAGCACAGGCUGAACCAAACACCGCCCAGAACAAGGCUGGAGUGGAGUUUCCAAAUGCAGAUACAGUGGCAAAGGACAAAGCAGAAAUGGAAGAGAUGUUGGCAGAGGAUUCUGAACAGAAAAUUAAGAGUCAUUCUUCACCAUCUCAGAUUCCCAAGAAGAUCCUCAGUCAAGUGCCAGAUGAGACCACGGUGGAAGAAUUGUCUCCUCAGAUUCCAAGAGCUGUGUUUGUGAAGCAGGACAUUGGUGGCAAUGCCUCCGUCAUACCAGUGUCAACUCCCCAUGGCCCACAAGGGGAGGAAGAAAAGGAGGAAACUUCAGAUUCUUCUGACUUGAGCCCUUGCAGUGCUACAUACAGCAAUUUAGGUCAGUCCAGAGCAGCCAUGAUACCUCCAAAGCAGCCCCGGCAGCCAAAGGGAGCUUUGGAUGAUGCCAUUGCCUUUGGAGGAAUAGCAGACCAAGAGGCAACUAACAGCUUACAGCCAACACCACCUCCACUGCCAAAGAAAACCAUUUUGAGAGCCAACACAGAGCCGAUCCCCAAAGAACUCCAGAAACAGACCCUGGAGAAUAAUCUCUGUGUUGUGGCCAACCCUACAUACGACAUUGACACCAACUGGGAAGCAAGCAGUGCCUGCUCUUCAGUCAGCUCAGAACUCAAGGCACUGGACAAUGAGUCAGGAGAUUCCUUGGACAGGCCUUUAGAAAAAGGAAAAGCAACCAACUCAACAGCCAACAGCAUUUCCAGCCUAACCACUGCCAGUAUUAAGGAUAGGUAUUCCAACAGCACGGAGUCUCUGUCUGGGAGAUACAUCUCUCAGACUAAGCAGAGCAAGAAUAUACAGAAGCCACAGAGGCAAGCACUUUAUCGAGGAAUUGAGAACCGAGAGGAGGUGGUAGGCAAAAUCAGAAGCCUUCAUACUGAUUCACUGAAGAAGUUGGCAAACAAAUGCGAAGAUCUUUUCAUGGCUGGACAGAAAGACCAGCUGCGAUUUGGGGUGGACAGCUGGUCAGACUUCAGGCUAACCAGUGACAGGCCAUGCUGUGAAGCAGGUGAUGCAGUUUACUACCCAGCUUCUUAUGCAAAAGAUCCCCUCAACAAUUAUGCAGUCAAGAUUUGUAAGAGCAAAGCUAAAGAAUCCCAACAGUAUUACCACAGCUUGGCUAUCAGACAGAGUCUGGCUAUUAACUUUAACAUCCAACAGGACUGUGGCCAUUUCUUAGCUGAUGUACCUGUUCGCCUCCUUCCAUGGGAGGAUCCCAAUGCACCUGAGGUGGAGGAGGAAGAUGAACAGGAAGAAGAGGUAGAAGAUGAGGAAAAGAACAAAGAAACCCCUUCCUGUUUGGAGGCUUCACAGAAAGACAACUCAGGCAGUGAGCGGACCAUCAGCAAGCAGCGCAGCCGUGUUGUGGUCAUCACACGGGAGGUACCAUACCUAACGGUGGCUGACUUUGUGCGAGAGUCCACAGCCCGCCAUGCAAAUAACCCAGACUUCUAUGAAAGACAGGUAUGUCUACUGCUCUUACAGCUGUGUUCAGGCCUGGAGCACCUGAAACCCUAUCACAUCACACACUGUGAUCUGCGCUUGGAGAACCUGCUGCUGGUUCACUACAGACCAAGGGGAGGCCUUCUGAACUAUGAGCCUGUGGAGCCCAAUCCCAACGCAGCUUGCCCAGCCAGGCUAAUUGUGAGCAAUUUCUCACAGGCCAAGCAAAAGAGACAUAUGGUAGAUCCAGAGGUGCUACGGGACCAAUCCCGCCUGGCCCCGGAGAUCAUCACUGCCACACAGUACAAAAAGUGUGAUGAGUUCCAAACUGGCAUCCUCAUCUAUGAAAUGCUGCACUUACCCAACCCCUUUGAUGAGAAUCCAGAGCUGAAGGAGAAGGAGUAUACCCGUGCUGACCUCCCCAGGAUCCCCUCCCGUUCCCUCUAUUCCUAUGGGCUCCAGCAACUCGCCAGCUGCCUGCUGAAUCCCAAUCCUUCAGAGAGAAUCCUUAUUUCUGAGGCCAAGGGAAUCCUUCAGUGUUUGUUAUGGGGUCCACGUGAGGAUUUGUUCCACACUCUGAGCUCAUGUUCCAGCCCAGUACGGAAGGAUGCUGUGCUGCAGAACUGGCUGGACAUCAAACGGACGCUGCUGAUGAUCAAGUUUGCAGAGAAGUCCUUGGACAGGGAGUGUGGAGUCAGCCUUGAAGACUGGCUUUGUUCUCAAUAUCUGGCAUUUGCCACUACAGACUCACUCAGUCGCAUUGUGAAAAUCAUGCAGCAACACUAGUUUGUACAAGCUGUUGCUUUUCCUCAACCCCCUACUCCUUGCUCUAUUCUGCUCCCACCCUCUUUAUUCCAGGGUUCACACUUUGCACAACUUCUGAAAAAAAUAGCCUAGAUCUCAAAGCUAGCAACCCUGAGCAAAUAGGUUCUAAUUGGAAAUACUGUCUCCUGUUGAAGAUACGAUGGAGACUUUAUUCAAUUCCUAGGCCUUCCAUAUUUAAUCAUAUGUACAAUGGUUGCAAUUGGAUUAUAUACCUCCUAGGUUGGAUUAAUUUUUUAACAGAUUGAAAAAGGGGAGAGAAAAAUCUUAAGGAGACCACUAUUUUUAUAUUACUAUAGAGAAUGAAUUCCCCAUCUCCUCUGGAUGGAUCCUGCCAUUUCUAGUGGUAGCAUCUGCAGAAAAAGCAGUGACCAUUUAUGACCAUCAACAGAUUAAUUCAUCAUAAAUGUGAAUCAAAUGAUCCACCAAAGUUAAGAGCCCCUGACCACAAAAAUAUUGCCUCUGCUUCAUCCCCCGUGAAAGGUUCUGCCUCUCAGUCUAGGAUGAAGCUCAUCCACAUAGUCUUCUCAGUCAGGUAGAUUUUUAUUUUACUCCUACUCUUAAAUUCUUUAUUUUCCUCCCAACUGGGGUAGUCCUCUGAUCCCAGCAAGUAAUCAAUAGGCAGCAAUCAUCAGUGUCCAAUAUUGUUGCCUUCUCUGACAUGCUAGCUGUCCAUAUCCCUUCUGAUCACGGGUCCUGGAUUCCAAGGAUCCUGCCUUAAUCAGCCCAUGAUCAUCAACCUGUAGUAUCUCCACUGAAAAGCAAACAGAACAUGCAUGUUUCUCUUCCCACCAGUAUAUAGGACCGGAAAGUCAUGUAUUGUAGAUAUAACAGUGUUAAACAAAAGCAACAUAACAUACCAAGAACAACUGAAACAUCCCUCCCACCCUAAAAGGCACUAAACCCUGGGCUUGAAAUGAACUGAAAUUACAUAACCAAUCCUCCUUCAGUUGCUGCUAUGCAUCAGGUAUCAAAAUAGCAGCCUCCUUCUUUGUGUUUUAUUUUGGUUUGCUAGCCACUUGUGGCAUAUUGCAAAGCAGGACUGAAUUGGCAGUGCUGGUGUGUUGGCAGGAGAUAGCUACACAGACAAGCGCUAAACAAUUCUAACAGGCCACAUGGAGAUGGUUUUACUUCAAAUGCAUUUCUCUGGGGGGAAAACAAAGGGGCAAACACUACUAUUUAAUUACUGAGAGACCUGUAAAGUUUGGCAGCUGUAACUAACAGUGACCUGAUCUAUUUUCCCCACCACAAUAUUUGGCUACAAAUCUUCUAUCAGUAACUAAUGUUUACUAGUGUACUAGCUGCUUCAGACAACACCCUAAAAAUCCCUAAAAAUGGAAUGGCUGUCGACAUAGCUCAGAGAUCAUUGCAGAUAUAGUUUUAGAGUAAGGGGGCACUAGUGGGUAUGAAGGUGACAGGUUAAAAAAAAAAAAUCCAACCUGAAGGAACUUUUCACCUUUAGAGGCAGCUGCUGGUUUCCUUUCCUGAGAUAGCGACCUUUCCUAUGGAACGCCUACAAUCAUACAGAUGCUCUCUUUGCUCAGUAUUGCUAGGUUCUCAAUUGUCUCAAAUAUCUCUGAAGAACACAAUGGGGGCAAACGAAAGGUGAUAUUUAAUAUUCUGAGAUGGGUGAUGGAAAGCAUAUAGCCCAAGUUUUGAGCCUGUGCUUCUCUCCUAUGGAUAUAUGUGCAAUUCUUGUAUGUAUUUUUUUAAAUCUGUAUAUUACAGUGUUUACGUUACUUACCAGACUUUACCUGAUGCUAGAUCUGCAAACCCUUCCUUUACUUUCCUGGCACAUAAAUGCGCAGAGUUACAUGUGUUGUUUAUAUGGAUUGAUAUUUCAUUUUUCAUUGUUCGUUAAAUCUGUGAGAAAUCAGUUUACUUCAGUCUUGAAAACAAAUAGCCACUUUUUAUAGCAUAUGCAUGCUUGGACCAGAUGCAUGGAAACUGAACAAAUAGUCCUGCAGGCAUGAGGUCAGUGAAACUAGCUCCAUGUACACAUCGCAUAUUUGAAGGGGGUGAAAUUUGGCAUCUGUCCGAGCCAAACUUUGUGGUAUGUGGAAGCCUACAUUGAUUGUGCAGUAAUAUAUAGAAUAUUUUUGUGGACUUUUUAAACGUUUUUAAACUUUCUGAUGAAAUAUCCUUUUGUCUGAUUCAUCUGUAUCAGAGAGGGAUCAGGCAAGGAUAAGGAUCAUGUAUUUUAAUGUGAUAUAUAUCACUUAAAAAAAUCGCAAAGAGUUAAUGCAAAAAGAGUGCAGUGCACUUAAGCACAAAUGCAGUGCAUUGAGUUGAUGACUUCCACCACUUUGGGAAAGAGGCUUUCUACAUAAUGCUGAACAAACUUGUGGUAGAAGCCUUUACAAAGAAUUGCACAGUCAUUAAAUGCAGCCCUGUUUCAUGUGGGCACAGAAUCGUGUAAUGCCUUAUGGCUUAUAUACACUGAGCAUGAGUUGACAGCUCACUUAAAUGCUACCUGCAAACUACCAGACAGUCACCAACUUUAAGCUAAGCACAAGACACUGCUUCUUCUUGUUCCCCUGGUCUGGUUUAGUGUUGGUUUUUGUUUUGUUUUUAAGUGGCGCCUAUCUGCACAUAACUUCUCACCUAACAAAUAUAUGCUGUAUGAGCAGCACAUGGACCACUGGCCAUUGCAGUAGGCACAUUCCUUUAGGCCGCCUGGUUUGGUUGGGUUUUCUUUUCUUUUUUUUUGUGUAUGUGGACACAUGUUUUCAGUGUCACUUUCAUGUCAACACGCACAUGCAAAGUUGAAUAUUGAAUGUUUUACAACCUUAUGUAUUUAACACAGCUGGUCCGAAGCCUUUAUAUGUCUUUGUUUUUUAGAUAUCUAAUUUCAGUUCAUAUUGUUUGUGAUUAAAUUUAAACCAGUACUCAUUUUAGUUCUGCAGUAUAAUUAAGCAUGGAUGAAUGUUCACUACCGCUCUCUUUAUUGUGCAGCACUGGGUAACCUUUAGCAAUUUGUAAAAUCAAUGUGAUUUUUUUUUUCUUUUUAAGAACAAAAGAAUGGUCAAGGAGGACAAACACAAACUGGCAAGAGCUUCCAUUUCUUGGUGAUUCUGGGGCUGCUUUUGCAGACAUCCUUGAGGAUCAUAUUUCUGUUUAUGGGGGUCCUCCAUGCUGAUUAAGAACCACACCGCACAAAUAUCUGAGAAUGUAUGCAUGAAAUUGACUGUAAACAAACAAAAGCAAAAAGGGCGGGGGGUGCUACAGCUUAAUUUCUAAACAAAUGAGAAAAAAACCUGUUCCCUUGUCAAUGGGAUUCUUUAUGUAUCAGGAACGGGACCCCUGCCUAUGUACUUGCAUGUGGACAUAUACAUGCACAGAGUUUGGAUUUUUAAGUAGUGUAGCACUUUUAGUUGAGCUCAAGAAAUGAGAAGAGCUGCAAUUCUAAGAUAACAGUAUUGAUUGUAAAUAUAUAUUUUUCUAUUACUAAAAGCUGCCAUUUCACUAUUUUUUAAAUAUAAAUUAUACAGAUUUUCAAGUUCAAAAUAAGAUCUGGAAAAUCAUGUAAUUGUUUGAUGAAGAAUUAGAAUUAGUGGUUUCUGAAGCUUUUAGAGCCACUAAAAAUCUUUUUAACAUUUUGGAUGGAACAAUCUAGAUCAGCAAUUGAAUGCACAAUGUAUAGUGCCUUGUCAAAGAAUUAGAAUAGUAAUGGAGAGAAUCAGUCAGAAUCUCUCUCCACCUGCUAACAGCCCUAUAAAUAAUACUGCCUACAUAGGGUAUGCAUACACACCAGCUGGGUACCACACAGGGUAUGUAUACACACUGUGAUUCCCAAUGUGGAUAGACAGAUACGUGCUAGCUCUGCUCAAGCUAGUGCCUAAAAAUAGCAACUUGGCCACGAUGCCUCAGGCUAGCCACCUAAGUAUCAUCCCGUCUGAUCCCCCUCCCCCCCCAAUACGUACUCAGGCAACUAACCCAAGCCACCACCCAUGCUGCUGUGGCUACACUGCUAUUUUUAGGCGCUAGCGUGAGCCUUACACCUCCCAACUGCUGUGUAGACAUACCCAUAAAUAUAAAAAGAUGACUACAAAAUAAAAUGGUGCACUUCAUAUGAUGCUGAGUUAAUCAAUUUAAUGAAAGGAACAUUUUCUGGAAGGUCAGUUACAUGAACAAGUUCCUUUGAAGUUGCUCAUAGUACCAAAAUAAACCCCAAAUGACAGCAGGCCUCUGGAUUUUUCACAUUUGAAAUUGAGACUCAGCACUGGGUGAGAAAUAGAUGAGAUGUCACUUGGUCUAGACAUAAUACACUAAAAUUCAAGAGUCCUAUUGCUUUGACAAUCUAUUACAGACACUCCAACUCCAGAAGAUGAAGAGACUGAAUAGCUUGGGAAGAAGAGAAUGUGUGUAAGAUGUGCAGCUCCUCACAUUAUAUAUAGUGGAUGUGCUGCACACACAUCUAUAUGCUGUGGAGGCAUUGAUGCAAACCACUGUUAAUUUAGGAGUUUUGGAAAACAAGAAUCUGUUUAUAAAUGUGGAUUUCUUGUGUGUUUCCUAAAAAAUGGAUAAGUAAACCCAGUUUAUCUUCCAAGCCUCAGAUCUGGUCCAGUGAAUAUAUAUGGUUCAGGUGAACAUCUAGACAGAAUUUAGAUGCCACAGCCACUACAAAAGCUCAUAUGGAAAUCUCCAGAAAUGAGAGAAUGCAGAAUUUUUUCUAAGGGCUCUGGAAUGUCAGAAAAUAGAGAGAAGGCUUCUUUUUAAAAUUCAGAUGUCAAAUGAAGACUAAGAAGUCGGUACUGAAGUAAGAAAUCUCAGCUUAUUGGAAUACUAUGGUGCUGGAAAUCCCACUCUGCAAUCCAGUGUGUACAUAGUAUUUACAGAAGGUCUGACAUUAUCCUACCAUCUUUCAAGCUCCAACAUCCACUCCAGAUUUUCUUUAGGGAUCUGCCAACAGCACCACAGGAUCUGCAUGCAUCAUCUGGACAUUGUAGAACAGGGGGAUUCUGAUAGGUUAGAGGGAAGAAUAUAUACUUUAAAUAAAUCUAGUGCAUGUUGGCAAUCAAACACUGGGGAGAUUACCCAGAUGCUUCCUACUCCAGCUCCCUAGCUUUUGUCUGAAAAACUUGUCAGUUGUUGCUGAAAUAGAAAUAUCUCAAGGGCAUUACCCCAUUCAGAAGCCUUACCUAAAUGAGUAUAUUUUAACAUUUUUUCCUGUUUUCAACUAGGGACCUAGUCCUUCUCUCCCUGAAGCCAAUGAGAGAGUGUUUUGCCUUUGGGAGCAGUUAUAGGCAGCAGUAUCAAACCCUUCAGCACACUCCCACCCCUCCCCCCCACACACACACAACUUGAUACAGAUUGAACAUUGUUUCCUGGCAGGUGUAGUUAAUGGGUAGUACUCCCCACAUCACUGGGUCAUCAAGUUUACACUGAUUUAAUGGAAGUGAUGCUGCUGCAAUUCCUGAAAUCCCAGAGUACACUCACAGCCCUUCAAUUAAAUGCUGCUCAUUUAAAGAGGAGCUUGCUGUGUAGUGCAGCCCAUAUGUUGCUAUGAGUGGAACAAAAUCUGUGGACUGCAGUGUGGACGCUGGAAGCCCAGGUGCAGAAAUUCUAAACCUAUGGUCAAUAUUCAGUGUAGAUGCUCAAUCCCUGGGCUUGCAAACCCAGGGUCUCAGUUCCUGAAUCCCACUAACCCUGGCCUUACAUUGCAGUGUAGACAUACCCUGUGAGAUCUGCUGCACCAAAUCACUCUCUUAGAUUAAACCAAAAGAGGCUUUUCUGUUGAAAUGAUUUAAAUAUAUAGUAGAUAAUACCAAAGAAAUGUAGAGCAGAACUUUAAAUGCUUCAGUAAUCAUACUGUUCCCAAAACUCAAUUCAGUGGAAAUGGUCCAUAAACCAGCACAUAGAUUCCAAACAGAUUUCAAGAGCAGGGAAAAAAACAAUUAAAAAUGCUUCUGUAAAAGAAACUCUGGGUAGAACUUUUAAUGUAAAGUGACUACAACUCUGAAAGAACCCUAGAGAAGUCUCAUAAUCCCUCCUCCUGACCAUUUGUUGUGUUAUGAAGAAUUUCUACUAGAUGUUUGUCUAGAUUAUAUUAUUCACUUUGAGGCACUAUUUGAAGGAUUAUGGUUUGAAUAGACAUAAUAUAAAGAACUUUGUGCUUGGGAGAUUUCUUUAUGAAUUUAAAUUAUUUUCUAUAAGCCUCCUUGCAUUAGACCAGUGUUUUUCAAAGUUCAGGUCGCAACCCAGUACUGGGUCACCUUGCUCAGCACCCAGGGACCCUAGCAACUCUGUUUAGCACCGCCGACUGGGAGGUUAAAAGUCCCAUCGGCAGUGCUGCCCAGCUAAGGCAGACCAGUGCCUACCUAUUCCGACACGGCGCUGCACCCCGGAAGCAGCCAGCAGCAGGUUCAGCUUCUAGGUAGGGGAGCCACGGGG